AUGUCGCCCGACUCGCACCAGCACAAGCGCAGGCGCGUCCACGGCGACGACGACCGACUCCCCGUCGCCGUCCCUCCACUCGCAGUCCACGCCGCACCGCCCUCACCGCCGAGCCCCACCCUGUCGUCCGUGUCGGCACUCGCCCUGUUCGCCGCCGAGAUGGUCGCCUGGCUGUGGUUCGCGCCGAGCCCGGGAGCAGGAGCAGGAGCAGGCCGAGGAGGCGGCGGCAGCCCCGAGACGAUGGCGGUCGACCGAGGUCAAGUACGGCCGACUGACCGCUUCGUGCGGUUCUGCCAGGAGGUUCUCGCGACGACGCAAGUGUCCGAGUCCGUCGUCAUCCUCGCCCUCCUGUUCAUCUCGCGCCUCAAGCAGCGCAACCCGAUCAACGGCGCACCCGGGUCCGAGUACCGCCUCGCCGUCACGGGCCUCAUGCUCGCCAACAAGAUCCUCGACGACAACACCUACACCGCCCAGACGUGGUCCCAAGUCUCGUCGCUCGAGCUGAAACCGCUCGUCGCCGGCGAGGCCGAGUUCCUGCGCGGCCUCAACUGGUCACUGCACGUCACGGGCCGAGAUUUCGAGGCGUGGCGCAAGCUCCUCGACGGACACGUCGCCGCCCGCAAAGCGCGGCUCGGCCGGCUCGGCGGCCUCGACAAGGCGCCGCGCAGGUCGUCGUCGAGCGUGCGGGCACGCGAGCGCGAGCGCGUCAAGCACGGCGACCUGCACGGGCUCGGCAUCGGGCUCGAGGGCGACGCGGCUCGUGCGCCGCCGUCGAUGCUCAGCCUGCCGCCCAUCUCGGCCGCCGUCGCAGAGCGCUACCCGGUCGGGCGGCCCGGCUUUACCGCGUCGGCGCACACGACGCCGACGAGCGCGUUCGCGUCGUACCAGCUCGGCAACUCGUCGGCGCCGCCCAAGGCGCACCCAGCCUCGUCGGCCCCGCUCCCGCAGUACGGCCUGCCGGCGCACGCGUCGGGCGAGGCUGUCCGCAACCCGCUCGACGUGUCGCCGACGACGAUCGCAUUCUACCGGCGCAACUCGGGCAUGCGCGCGAGCGCGCCGUCGGCCGUGCACGGCGUCAAGCGCAGCGGCGACGAGGCGUUCGCGCACGAGCCGCCAAUGCCGUCGUACGUCGCGGCAGCACUGCCGCUGCACGUCCAGCAAGCGGCGCAGCACAUGCCCGACAUGGUGCGCUCGUACAGCGCCGGGCCGGCCGCCUCGUCCGCCCCACCGCCCGGCGUGCAGCAGCAGCAGCAGCAGCCGCCCUACUCGCACUACGGGCCCGGUCCUUCGCCUUUCUACCUCCACCCUGCGCACCACGUCACGCCCAUCCCGUUCUCGGUCUCGUCGUCGCCGCACGCCUCGCGACCGUCGUCGUCGUCGUCGGGCAUCUCGGGCCACCCUCCACCGGCGCCCUUCUACUUCCCCGAGCCGCAGCAGAUGUCGCCCGCCGGGUUCUCGACCCUCUCGGACGCCUUCUCGCCGCGGUACGAGCGCGACACGCGCCGCCGCCUGCGUCAAGGAACGGCGACGCUCGACUACUACUCGCUCGCGGCCGGCCACGGUCUCGGCCACCUGCGCCAGACGCUCCCGCCGCCACCAGUAGCGUGGCCCGUCGUCCAACCGCAGUACUACUACCCGGCGCCAGGCUACGCGCCUGUUGCCCUCGGCCACCAGCCGCCGGCGCCGCACGCCAUUCCCUUCUCCGCCUCGACCUCGCCGACUGCGCCGCCGCCGUUCGACACGUUCGCGUUCCAGCACCACCACCAGCAGCAGCAGCACCGCCAGCAGCGGCAUCCGCUGUCGACGCCGCCGCAAGCCUACUACGGCGGCGCGCUCGCGGCGCCAUUCAUGACGGCGUCGACGUCGCAGUCGUCGGCCAUGCCGCCGCCGCGCCCUCACGGGCACCAGCACGGCGCGCAUCGGCGCACGAGCAGCGGCGGGCACAGCGGGCGCGGCGCCGCAGGCGCACCGGGCGGCGCGAGCCCGCUCGACCUCACGUCGACGCCCGGCGGCGGUGGGGCCCAGUCGUACUCGCCGACGACGGUCCCGAGCGGCCUCGGCGCGCCGUACUACGCGCACCCGCCGCCGCAGCACGCGCAUGCGCACCCGCACGCGUACGCGCUCGCGCAGCACGGCUUUGCGUGGCCGCCCCAGCCGCCGGCGGGGCUCGUGCACGCGCACCAGGUCCAGCAGCAGCAGCCGCAGCAGCCUCUCGCGCCCGCGCCCGCCGGCUACUACUCGGCGUACUCGAACGCCGGCGUGCCCGGCGUCUACUACCGCGGCUGA